AUGCCGGUCACUAAUUUCUCCUACAAGGACCCGUACACCUACCAAAAUGGAUUUGAUUCCUAUCAUGAAUCCGAAGCCAUCGAAGGCGCCCUCCCCAUAGGGCACAACUCUCCCCAGAAAGCCCCGUACGGUUUAUACGCCGAAAAGCUCUCAGGAACGGCCUUCACUGCUCCCCGGCACGAGAACAGACAGACCUGGGUCUACCGUAUCCUUCCGGCCGCAGCGCACGAGAACUUCGUCGAAGAGGACGCAGGUACCUACCGCACGCUAUCAGAUUCCAAAAAGCUUCAGCACAUACCUAAUCAGCUCCGUUGGGAUCCGUUUGACUUGGAUGAAACUGUUGACUGGGUUCAUGGGUUACAUCUUGUGGCCGGGUCCGGAGACCCUACCAUAAAACAGGGUCUAGGCAUCCUGCUGUAUGCGGCAGGCAAAGAUAUGGGGAAAGAAGCUUUCUACUCCGCAGAUGGUGACUUUUUGAUUGUCGCCCAGCAUGGCGUGCUAGACAUCCAGACUGAGCUUGGCCGGUUGGUGGUUCGGCCGAAUGAGAUUUGUGUGAUUCCUCGUGGUGUAAGAUACCGUGUCACCCUCCCUGACGGUCCUGUGAGAGGGUACAUCUGCGAGCUCUACCAAGGUCACUACCAGCUUCCCGAGCUAGGCCCUAUCGGUUCCAAUGGCCUUGCCAAUGCGCGGGACUUCCAAGCACCAGUGGCUUCGUUUGAUGAUGAAGAGGAACCGUCGGAGUACCGGCUAUACAGCAAAUUCAACAACCACCUCUUCUCCGCGCGCCAGGACCAUACCCCAUUCGACGUUGUCGCGUGGCACGGCAACUAUUAUCCGUACAAAUACGACCUCGGCCGCUUCAACACCAUUGGCUCCAUCUCAUUUGACCACCCGGACCCCUCUAUCUACACCGUGCUCACCGGUCCAUCUGAUCAUGUGGGCACUGCAAUUGCCGACUUUGUUAUCUUCCCACCGCGCUGGUUGGUCGCGGAGAAAACCUUUAGGCCCCCAUGGUAUCACCGCAACACCAUGUCCGAGUUCAUGGGCCUGAUCACCGGUGAUUAUGACGCGAAAACUGGCGGCGGAUUCCAACCUGCUGGUGCAAGUCUGCACAAUAUCAUGAGUGCGCAUGGGCCGGACAUGCAUGCAUUCGAGGGCGCAAGCAAUGCCGAUCUAAAGCCCGCGAAGGUUGGGGAUGGCAGCAUGGCGUUCAUGUUCGAGAGUUCUCUCAUGGUUGGUGUGUCUGAAUGGGGUCUUAAGACAUGCCAGAAGGUGCAGGAGGAGUAUAACGAGCAUAGUUGGCAGCCGCUGAAGAGACACUUCAAGGACCCGAGAAAGGCGUAA